AUUCUAUAUAUAUGAACAUAUUUUUACACCCAAAAAAGCCACAACUAAGAGAAUAUCAAAACAAACAUGGAUGCUCUAAAAAUUGUCUUUCUCUUUGCUCUUCUCGUUCCACUUUCAUCUGCCACACUUGUGGUUGAUUACUGUGUCGCAGAUUUCAAUUUUCCGGUUGGACCAGCAGGAUACCCUUGUAAAAAUCCUGCAACCCUUACUGCAGAUGACUUUGUUUUCUCGGGUUUGGGUGUCGCAGCUAACAGUACAACUACUCAAUUCAAUGCUAGUUCGGUUUUUGCAGUCGAUGUUACGUUCCCAGCCUUGAAUGGUCUAGGACUGUCCAUCGGACGCUUAGACAUUGGUGUAGGUGGAGCUGUUCCGAUUCACUCACACCGAGCAUCAGAAGUUAUUCUUGUAAGCGAGGGCACAAUAAUUGCUGGUUUUAUAGACACAAAUAACACGGCUUACUACAAAACAUUAAAUAAGGGGGAUAUUAUGAUUUUUCCACCUACAUUACUUCACUUUCAAGUUAACGUUGGUAAAUCUCCUGCUCUUGCUUAUGUUACGUUGAAUAGUGCAAGCCCAGGCUUUGAAAUCACUACUUUUGCUCUAGCUGGCAAUGAUUUUCCUAGUGAUUUGAUUCAGAAGAUAACAUUGGUUGAUACUGCACAAGUGAAGAAGUUGAAGAGAAUCUUUGGGGGUACUAAUUAGUAAUUCUAAUUCUAUUAUAUAUACAUAUAUGGUGUUUGGGCUAGCUUGUAUUUCAUUUAUGUUCUUAUAUAUAGUAUCUUAUAUACAUGCCAAGCUCAAAUUGAAUAAAAAAAAGAUGUACUGAUAUUCCUAUUUAUAUGAUGCUGAAAAAAAGCUACAAGAAAAAGAUAUAUUUUUCCUGUUUCAUU